GAAGAAUCUGAUUCAAACAUGCUUGAGAAUUCUGAAGUUACCAGCCGGCUGAAGGUCAUCGCGAAGAAUUUCGCACACCUUUCAUAUAUUAACAAGAGAAAUCCUGACUUGGCCCUCUAUCCACAUAGUUCUAGCGAGGAAGAGGAGAUCGAUGAAUAUGGCAGGAAAAUUAAAGUCAAAAAGAAGAAGUUUAUACAAGACUCUCAUAAUGAAGAUGAUGAUAAAGUUGGAGAGAGCAUCAUGAUGGAUGACCCCAACAAACUCGAUCUUAUAAAUCACCUUAAUUCAAUGAAACUUCUACAGAUUUCUGACGCUUUCGAUCAUUUUCCUAAAGGCUGAGUUGAUGUCGAUCACUUUGUUAACAUAAUGAAGGAGAUUUUAUCAGAUACUAAGCUUAUACACAGGUCAGAGUUUGUCUCUGAAUUGGUAGACCUCUUUUAUAGAGCAAGUUCAGCUGGAACUCUGAUCAUGUUUGAAGAUCUUACAAGCUAUCUAAUAGAGCAUGAAAUUGAGUCUAGCCAGCCACUUGAGAAAUCAAGCUUUGAAUAUGUUGAGAGCAAAGUUGUAGAUCAAACUACUCAUAAUAAUUAUAUUGGAAAGAUUUACUACUUCGAUCAACUCGACAAAAUGCUGCUCUAUGAACAUAACAAUAGAACCAUGAGGAUCUAUGAUGGUAAAACCAUGAGACUCAAAAAUGAUAUUGUUGCGUCUGGUGUCAUUCUUGCGAUUGAGUUUAUCUCUAAGAAGAAAAUGAUUGCUGUGCUGUUGUCCAACAAGAAAAUCCACUUCUACGACUCCACAACUGCCAACUACAAAAUAUUCAGAGAGCUGGAGGUGCCAUGCACCCAGCGGUGUCUGUGCUACGUCGAGCACAAAGACGUGUUGUUUUCAGCAGGCACCAACGGAGCCAUAUUUGCUUGGGAGUUAAACCUGAUAUUCAGCAACGAGUUUGCAGAAGAGGAACUUAAGAGGUCGGAAGACAAAACAGAUUUUGACUAUAAGAAAUAUCUUGCUUACAAUACCCCAUGGUUCGAGCCGGAGAACAUUCUUUGUAUUGUUGAUCUGCCCAAUAUCAACUUCCUAGCCACAGGAUCUUGUGAUAAUAAGAUCAGACUGUGGGAUCUGAAGACCUCAACUAAAAUUAAAAAAAGAGAAGAUGGGCUUAAAGAUGGCAUGAAGUUAGAUUCCUCAGUAAAAGGUACUUCUAAAUCGAAAGGAAUGAAUCACUCAAGCAAAACCAAGACCCAUACUGAAGCUCUUGACUACAACUUAAUCACUAAAGAAGCUUCUAAAGAACUCCUUGGUCACCAAAAGGCUGUCAGAGAGAUAGCGUACUCUGAGAAGCAUAAAAUUUUGGUCAGUUGUGGAUUCGAUUUUGCUGUUUUCGUCUGGAAUCCAUAUUACGCAAAGUAUAUCAUCAAGCUAGAAGGUCAUGAGCAUCCUCUAGUUGGAGUGAAUAUCCCAAAGAACCUUCCAUGUUUCAUCACUUGUGAUACCAAUGGAAUGGUACGAGUAUGGAAUAUUAGUGAUUACUCUUGUCUGCAGGUAUUUUAUGUUACAAAUGUGAAUGAAGUUACAUGUCUUCAGACUAUUCCUGAGCACAGAAGACUCGUCUGAGGUUCAAGGGUGUUCAAAGUUUUUGAAUAUAGCAAGCCUUUCACUCCUGAAUUAUCUGAUGAUAACCCGAUUAUAUGUGCAAGAUACAGUCCAAUAAGACUCGAAUUCUAUAUUGCAGGAGAAAGAUCUGUCAAAAUUUGGAACUGAAAGCAUGGAAAACCAGUUAGAGAGCUAAAGAAAAUCAUGAAUGCAGAUAUUACCUUCCUGACAUUUGACCAAGACCACAGAAAACUCAUUGUUGGAGAUCAUAAUGGAGCCAUAAAGGUUUUUGACCUUCUUUCUGGAGUCCAGAUUGCAGAAUACGAGAGCCAUGAUGGAGAAAUAUCCUACCUCGGCUAUGGAGGAGGUGACAAAACUAUUAUCUCAACUGGAUGGGAUAGAUGCAUCAAGAUUCACAUGGAUAACAAGUCUGAGAGAGAAAACCCCUGUGAUAAAGUCCUCAGAGGUAAAGCUGGAUGCCAUUCCAAAGACAUUAUUUCGGCUGAUUACAGUCAUAAUCUAGGAUUAAUGGCAACAGGAAGUAGAAAUCAUACAGUUAGAAUUUGGGAGUAUGAAAAGGUCAAGCUUGAGGAUGAGCUUAAGGGACAUUCGAACGAAGUCACUAUCGUAAGAUUCAUCAAUCCCUUUCCUCUUUUGAUUACUUGUGAUAACACAGGAGAGCUCUUCUUAUGGCUUGUUCCAAACGGUUUGAAUUCAGAGAAAAAUAAACUCCUUAUCAAAUGGAGAAACAUGUUUACUCUUCAAAAGAUGUGUCCUAUCACCAGUAUUGACUCAUAUUUCGAUAUUAACAAAAAGAUCUUGAAGAUCAUCAUUGGUGACGAAAUGGGCAGUGUCAGAAUUCAAGAUGCUUCUGAUAUCUUCAACUGCAUAGACCUACAGCCAGUUGAUGUAGUCACUGGGAAUAUGAAGAGAAACCCAUGGAGAAUUUUCAAAUUUGCAAACAAGAGUUCUAAAUAUACUGCAGAGGUUUAUAAAUAGCGAAGAUAAAGAUUAUGAUGGAGGCAUGGGGAUUGAUGCAGCAAUUCUUGAGAGAAAGAUUGAACCAGAGCUCGAAGAAGGAUGUUUUAGACAAAUAGCUCAAUGGAAAGCACACAAAGAUUCUAUAAAAUCUAUAAAGCAUAUCACUGAGACGGAUUAUCCAGUGAUUUUCACUGCUGGAUUGGAUAGAAUGGCCAAGAUUUGGAAUCUCAAAGGUGAGCUUAUGGGAACUCUAAGGCAAGGAAUUAUGAGAGUGCCAGAUAAACCUUGGGAUUUCCCUCUAUCUAAGCAUGAGAAAGAGACAGGGUCGAGAAACUCUAAAGUAAAGAUGAUGCUAGAGGAUGUGAAGAAGAAGAGAGAUCAAGAUAUUCAAGCAAGAAAAAUCUUUACUAAAGGUCCAGAUAAGAAGAAACAUGCCACUGCAAGGGGUGGGUUAGAUAGAACAGCUCAACCUAUGGUGGCUUCAUUAGGCCAGCAUACUUCUAAUGAACUCGACUAUUCUACUCUAUCAAACAAAUGGUAUGGAGCUGAUUUUGGAGAUACAGAAAGAGACUCUGGAGAGGAUCAUAACUCAAAAGUAAAACAGCUCUUAGAAACUGUUAAAAGGAUGACAAAACAAUCUGCAAGGUUUGGAGCCGACAGAGAUGCUCUUGAUGAGGAAGAAGAAAAGCAGAGCAAGAGGAAGAUAGGCCCAUUCCAGUUUGACAUAGAUCUUGAAAUAGAUGCUGAAAUUCUUAAAAACGAAGAGGUGUAUAAAGACUUGAAAGAACUUGAUGAUAAGAUUAUCAAGGAUAAAACUCCUUCGUAUCUGACUACAAAGUCAUUUGGAAGGAGAAAGCGGAGGAAUAAAUACUAAAUAUUCAUAAAUUAUUUGAUUAAUGAGA